AUGUCGAUCUCCGUCAAGGACCUCGACCCCGCGUUCCAGGGACUCAGCAACAAACCAGGACUGGACGUGUGGCGUCUGGAUGCGGGUCAAGUGGUAGCGGUUCCCAAGGCCGACCAUGGCAAGUUCUUCACCAAGGACGCCUAUAUCGUGCUCAAGACAUCUGGAUCGAAGCACGGCGGCGCGGUCACGUACGCCAUUCACUACUGGCUGGGGAAGUCGACGACUCAGGACGACGCGGCGAUGGCGGCGAUCAAGACGGUGGAUCUGGACGCGGCGCUGGGCGGCAAGGCGGCGCAGUACCGCGAGACGCAGGGCCACGAGUCGGACCUGCUGCUCUCCUACUUCCGCCCCUGCAUCAUCGCCACUCCCGGCUCCUGGGGCCACCCCGACCCCGAGGCGUCUCAGCCGCGCCUGCUGCAAGUCAAGGGCCGCCGAUUCAUCCACGUCAGACAGGUGGCAGUGGCGCGGUCGUCGCUGUCGCACUCGGAGAUAUUCGUGCUGGACACGCGCAGCAAGCUGUUCCAGUUCACGGGCGCCAACGCCAGCAAGCAGGAGCGCGUCAAGGGCAUGGAGGUCAUGCAGCUGCUCAAGGACACGCAGUACGGCGGCAACGCCCCCAUCGCCAUCAUCGACGACGGCAAGUUGGACGAUCCGGAGUCGAACGAGUUUUGGGACAUGUUUGGGGGCUUCGCGCCCAUCGCCAAGAAGAGCCAAGGGGAGGACGACGUCGAGGUCAAGCCCACGCCGCCCACGCUCUACUGGGUGUCGGGCGAUGGGCUGCAGGAGGUGGGGGCGGGCGCGCUGAAGAAGCUGCAGCUGGAGGGCAACAAGUGCUACCUGGUGGACAUGGGCCCCACCGUCUUCGUCUGGUUCGGCCGCAUCUCCUCCCUCGACGAGCGCCGCGCCGCCUGCAUCGCCGCUGAGACGCAGCUGGUGGUGGGCAAGAAGCCCCCCUCGGUGCGAGUGGUGCGCAUGCCGGAGCGCUUCGAGUUGCCCGCCUUCAAGGCCUGCUUCGCUGAUUGGCCGGUCGUGCCCGUGCUGGGCGGCGGGGAGGGCGGCAACAAGCUCAAAGGUAGGAUUGGGUUGAGGGCGAGAGGGGCUAGUACGCGCUGA